GUUGCCUUCUAUUUGUCACCACCCACAGCAAUUACCACAUAAGUGUCACCAAGGACCAUGUCCCACCUGCAAGAUAACAUGCGGAAUGAAGCUUCAGUGUGGACGUGGACAUAUUUGCCCAGUGCCUUGUCAUGAUGCAGUUCCUGUCAAGAUUGUUGACACCAAGAAGAGAGCAGGACCUUGGGAACCAGUCGUUGCUCCUCAUAUUGAGAUCCAAAAGAAGCCAUGUCCUCCUUGUAAGAUGCCAGUACCAACAACUUGCUUUGGCCAACAUGAAAACCCAAACUGGCCUUGCAGUGACCUUCGGCCAUACUCCUGUGGGAGGAAAUGUGGACGUCUUCUUGCCUGCACAAACCACACAUGUGAACGGGAGUGUCACAUAGUUGAGAAUGCACCAGAUGGCAAGAGAGCUGGAUCCAACUGUGCACCAUGUGAAGCAUCUUGCUCAAAGCCUCGACCAAAAGGAUGCAGUCAUGAGUGUGGGAAAGCGUGUCAUCCAGAACCAUGUGCACCUUGUGAAAAACUUUUGAGAAUAAAGUGCCACUGUAGCCUGAGCCAGCUUUAUGUAAAGUGUCAAGUCUGGAAUACUGCCACACAAGUGGAAGAAAUGCAAAGUUGCAAAAACCAAUGUAACAAACUGAUAUCCUGCAAUCACCGGUGCAUGAAGGAUUGUCAUAGUGGCCCCUGCAGUGAACCACAAAGCUGUCACAAACGUGUAACAGUCCGCUGCUUAUGUAAGAGGCAGAGGAAAGAAGCUUUCUGUUACCUUGUUUUUGCAGGAAAGGUCACUCUGGAUUGUAAUGACAUUUGUGUUACAGAGAUGGAAGAGAAGAAAAAGGCAAAAGAGGCAGAAGACAGGAGGAAGCUGGAAGAAGAGCAAGCACGGCAAAAAAGAGAAUUGGAAGAAUUUGAAAGGAAGAUGGAAGGACGAAAAGGCAGACGUCGAAAUAGGCGGCAACAAGAAAUGGAGCCAGAACCAACAUUUUGGGAGAAAUAUGGAAAAAUUAUAUUGGUCGGUGCCAUACCACUGGUUGGAGUAGGAGUCUAUAUGGUAUUUGAUUUAUAAGGUUAUUCUGCACGUAGCAGUUAUUUCACCAGCUACAUUUACCUUGCUUUUGUUAAUGCACUUCUGGGUAUACAGUACUUUGUAUAGAAAAUAUUCAGGCAGUUAUGUUAAUAAUUCAGUGUGUUCUGUCAGAUUAUUAUUCUCUAUGACAUAUUGGUCAUUUUAACUUGGUGUCUAAUUUCACUGAUUCAUAGGUUAUAAAAAUAAUGCUGAUUAUUAUAAUGUAUUUUUAUAUGAAAAUUAAACAAGUCCCUCAAAAAGCUAGUACAUAAUUAGUGUUAUUAAAUUAGUCACCAACUGGUAGCAAUAAACACUUUUUUUCCUUAUAUUAAAUGUACAAAUGCCAUGUGAAGAUACACAACCUAUCAUAGUACUGCCAGUGUAUUUGUAGGCAGAAUAAAAGAUACUGUUUGUGGAA